CUAUGUCCUAUGCCUCUCUUAUCGAUAGAAUAUUAGAAUUAGGGUGCCCCAUUCUUGAAUGAGCCUUAGCUAUGGCGACUGGUAUCGUGACUCGAUCUGGGAUCACCACGGCCAUUAGCGCGGUCUUCACUCGUUCACACUCCUCUCUUGUUCCGUCUCCCAGUUCGCUCUUCCUCCGCCACCGUCCCCUUGUGGCAAUCUCUGCCGGCGUCCGCCGUCAUUACCCUGCGGUGUCCGGUUCGGUUGCAGGGGUCGAGACUCGACAGAUCUCGUCGUUCAUUAACAAUCCGAGUCCUAACCGGUCGAACCGUACAUCUUAUCAGACGCGUUUAGAUGGGUGUGAUUAUGAGCACUGGCUUGUUGUGAUGGAGAAUCCUGCAGGCCCUCCUUCGAGAGACGAGAUAAUUGAUAGCUAUAUUAAAACCCUAGCCCAGGUGGUUGGAAGUGAGGAAGAGGCAAGGAUGAGGAUAUACUCUGUCUCAACUAGACACUAUUAUGCAUUUGGGGCUCUUGUGUCAGAGGAACUCGCUGAAGACUUAUGUGAUUUGGAAGGGGUUAAGCUUGUGCUUCCAGAUUCUUACAUGGAUAUCAGAAACAAGGACUAUGGGGGCGAGCCAUUCAUCAAUGGUCAGGCUGUACCGUAUGAUCCUAAAUACCAUGAGGUGUUUGUGAGAAACCAGGAAGCUGCACGUCUCCGGAGGGAGAGAUUAGAGGCGCCUAAUCAGAUCUCAGGAGUGUGUGAGAAAAGGGGAACCGAAACACUGAACCAGUAAUUAAACUGGAAAAUUUGGUUUUUGGUUC